AUGGGGGCCGCGGGCGCCCCUUCACGCCGCAGGCCGGCGGGGCGGCGACCCUGGCACCUGCCGGCCGGCAGCUUCCCGUUCCUGCUGCUCCUGCUGCUCCUGUGCAUCCAGCUCGGCGGCGGACAGAAGAAGAAGGAGAAUCUGUUAGCCGAAAAAGUAGAACAGUUGAUGGAAUGGAGUGCCAGGCGCUCAAUCUUCCGACUGAAUGGCGACAAAUUCCGAAAGUUUAUAAAGACGCCACCUCGAAACUACUCUAUGAUUGUUAUGUUCACGGCUCUUCAGCCUCAGCGGCAGUGUUCUGUGUGCAGGCAAGCGAAUGAAGAAUAUCAAAUCCUGGCUAACUCCUGGCGCUAUUCAUCUGCUUUCUGUAACAAACUCUUCUUCAGUAUGGUGGACUAUGAUGAGGGGACAGAUGUUUUUCAACAGCUCAACAUGAACUCUGCUCCUACAUUCAUGCAUUUCCCUCCAAAAGGCAGACCCAAGAGAGCUGAUACUUUUGACCUUCAAAGAAUUGGAUUUGCAGCUGAACAGCUCGCAAAGUGGAUUGCUGACAGAACGGAUGUUCAUAUUCGAGUCUUCAGACCACCCAACUACUCUGGCACCAUUGCGCUGGCCCUGUUAGUGUCGCUUGUGGGUGGUCUGCUCUAUUUAAGAAGGAACAAUUUGGAGUUCAUCUAUAACAAGACCGGUUGGGCCAUGGUGUCUCUGUGUAUAGUCUUCGCUAUGACUUCUGGUCAGAUGUGGAAUCAUAUCCGUGGACCUCCCUAUGCUCACAAGAACCCACACAACGGACAAGUGAGCUACAUCCAUGGAAGCAGCCAGGCCCAGUUCGUGGCCGAAUCCCACAUUAUUCUGGUACUGAAUGCUGCUAUCACCAUGGGGAUGGUUCUUCUAAAUGAAGCGGCAACAUCCAAAGGAGAUGUUGGAAAAAGACGAAUCAUCUGCCUGGUGGGCCUGGGCCUGGUGGUCUUCUUCUUCAGCUUUCUGCUCUCCAUAUUCCGUUCCAAGUACCACGGCUAUCCUUACAGCUUUUUAAUUAAAUGA